AUGAAGUAUUUGUUCUCAGCAGCUUCUGAGAUUUUAUGCAGGGAAUUUGAAGUGGACUUCAUUCUUCUUGCUGGAUAUUUAAAGCUUAUACCAGUUGAAUUGGUUCAACAUUUUCCUAAGUGUAUACUAAAUAUACAUCCUUCACUUCUACCAGCAUUUGGAGGCAAAGGCUAUUAUGGGCUCAAGGUUCAUAAAGCAGUUAUUGCUUCUGGAGCAAGAUACUCUGGUCCUACUAUCCAUUUUGUUGACAAGGAAUAUGAUACUGGCCGGAUCCUUGCCCAGCGAGUCGUGCCUGUGUGUGCUUUUGACACUCCAGAGGAGUUGGCAGCUCGGGUUCUGCAUGAGGAGCAUCAGUUAUAUGUAGACGUAGUUGCAGCAUUAUGUGAAGACCGGAUAAUUUGGAAGAAUGAUGGUGUUCCGCUUAUCCAUAGUAAAGAAGAUCCGCAGCAAUACUAGGUUAGCUUUGGCUGGUAGGAGAUCAACCUCAGGGCAGAUCACAUAUUGCUCUAUAAAAAAGAGCCUUAAUUUUUUUUGGACACAUUCAGAGUCUGACAAAUUUUGGCACUAGAUUUGGUAUUGGUGCCCUUCUAUAUCAGGAUAGAGCUUCUAGGAUUCGAUCAAGAAAUUUCUAUUUCUGACCAUUUGAGAAUUGUACCAAUAAUGAAUGAUACACUUGUAUCAUCUAUAAUUAAUGUAGAAGUUGUAAUUCCAAUCUCUUUUGGGAUAUAUUGGAACGAGGAAUGUCGAUACACUGACCAUGUUGGAGAUAGCUAUUGCACAUUGUAAGAUUCCGAUAAUGAUAAAUUAGCAGCUGAGUUUUGGUUUUACUUGCUAUAUAAUGGCAAAUGGCAAAUACGAGGUACAUUUUUUCUACAAA